CUGGGAGCGGAUUGCUGCAGCUGCUGAUCAUGAGGAAGAAAGUUGAGGUUUGGAGGAGAGGCCCAGAUCCCUGGCACUGAAUCACAACCAGCUUGUAGCAUCCAGAGCUACAGGAGAAAUGCAUUUUCUAUAAAUACUGCCUUUUCUCGGCCCGAUGCUCUGUCUGCCCUGUGGGCUUCAGCCCUCUUUGUAACAAGGGAUGACUCUGUUUUGAGACGAGCACACUGUUCAUAUCUGGACUUGAGAAGCCCUGUGAAAUAAUGGGGGAUUUCACCACCAGAACAUACGGGACCAGAGGCCUGGAUAACAGGCCUCUUUUUGGAGAGACAUCACCAAGGGACAGAGUAAUCAAUUUUGCAGUUGGCAUCGUAGCUUCCUUGUUGCUCAUAGUCACUUUAAUCAGCGCUUUUGUCUUUCCUCACCUACCUCCAAAACCGGUGAAUAUAUUUUUUGCUUUCUGCAUCUCCUUGAGUUGUGUUUCGGCUGGCAUUCUUAUCUAUUGGUAUCGACAAGGAGACCUAGAGCCUAAAUUUAGGAAUCUAAUUUACUACGUUUUGUUCUCAAUCAUUAUGCUAUGUAUAUGUGCCAAUCUCUACUUCCAUGAAGUGGGGAAAUGACUCUCAUAGGACAAAUGUUGCAAUGCAUCAAAAUGGUCCAAGGCACCAUUUUAAGAUGUGCUCUCUGAAGAGAUGAUUACUGCUUCCAAAAAGCCAAGGCUUCAUCAGUACCAGCACUGGAAGGAUGACCUUGAGAUUUCACAGAUGUGUACUUUAACAGCUCUUCCUUCUGGUGAGGUGAAGUAGUGCAGUAUGAUGUAGCAUCUGCUUUUGGGGGGUGGGGGUGAGCAACAGAAUAGCUAUUUGUGCACUCAAUGAACAUUCCAAUUGUACGCUUGCGUUUUUCAGAAUGGCACACCCUUUUUUCCUUUGUGAAAAAAAUGGCAUUUUUUAAUUACACUGUACAAAAACGGCAGCACUGCAAAUGUCUAUACUACAUUAUAAAUAAAAAGGCAUCUACUAUUACAGAAGAGAAAUAGCUUCUCACUUGUAUUAAACUGGACACCACUAUUUGGUUCCCUCCCAAAGCAACCAACUCUUUUGUUAACUACAACUUCAUUGUACAUGAACAAAGCCACAGACUGAAUACAAACUAACUUCGGAGGAAGCUAAUAAUUACAGAAGUCAAUACUGAUUUUGAUUUUUUUUUACAUAGCCUUGUAGUACUGAGUCAUGUUGCCUACCCAAGUUGCACCGUAAUCUCAGCUUAGUGUUUCCAUGUACAGAUCCUUCCAUGUAGAUGGAACACUCAAAGUCAUCACUAUGCUUGUUCAGAUGAAAAUCUCUGAAAAAUAUGGUCCAAACUGGGUUCAUUUGCAGAGGUGGUUUUAGCUUCUGUAAUAGAUUUCUGAAUAAAAAUGAGAAGGUCUUGGGGUUUAAACUUACUUCUAAGUUUAUUGCAGCUUGAAAGUCUUCUCUUCAUGCUAGACUCAGGGUUCCAGUAGUAGUAUUUGAAGUUUAAGAAUUACAUCUAAUCAUUCUGGGGUGACAUCCAUUGCCAGCAACAGAUUCUUUAGUUUCAAGGAAGAUCGCAAAUGUGAUCUUGCAGUGCUUUAUGGUGCUUGAAUACACUGGAACCAUUAGAAAAAUAAACCUUUUCUAAUGUCACCUCUUGCUUUCUGUAGUUACAAUUUUGUAACUAUAUUCUCGCCUGAAACAGGAGGAUCAGUGCAAACUCUAAACUGUUUAUCUGUCCAUAUGCUCAUUUACUUCUGUGUUAUUGGUCUAAGACACUGAAUUCCCUCACUGUCCAACUGGGUUCCUAUCCCCAGCAGCCUAGUAAAGGUUGUAUGCUACCAUGAAAAUACAAGACUCCUUUAAUGCAGAAACUUGGGGGGGUGGGGCAGCUUGACGGUCACUAUUUGAAAUCAGAAGACAGUAAUUCAUGUGGUGAGCACAACAGAUUGAAGCUCCUUUGACCAAUG